CGAAGCGUAGCACGAGAUCUCGAAAGCAUCUAAGGAGAUUAAGGCGGCCCAGUAGCAACUGCGUGGGGCCUCAAAGAACAGCGCCUUCGAGGCGACCCUGAAAGAGAUGCUCAAGGCGGCGCGGAAGAAACGCAGCAUCGCGAGGUGGAGAGCACCGGAAACGUUCUUCGACGGCUAUGUACGGCAGCUCGAGAAGAAGAACCGCGAGGGGGAUCAGGCGGGUUUCUACAGGCACCUGAAGAUGAUCGACGUCGAAGGUAAGAGGUCGUUCACCUCUCAGAACAUCAAGGACGAGGACGGCAAGGUCCUUCGGGACCCCACGCACCUGAAGAUGAUCGACGUCGAAGGUGAGAGGUCGUUCACCUCUCAGAACAUCAAGGACGAGGACGGCAAGGUCCUUCAGGACCCCACGUUUGUUCGCCACCGGUGGGCACGGUGGUUCCACAAGAUUCUCAACACCAAGUCGCCGACCAUCGACCUGCAUGCGGCUGACAAGGUCAAGCGGUGGCCCACGUGCGUGCCACUCGACGACAUCCCAUCUCUACUUGAGGUUGAGGAAGCGGUACGGGAAAUGGCCAUCAGAAAGGGCGUCGGGCCGGACGACCUACCGGCUGAGCUGAUCAAGCUUUUUCUGGAUGGAGAUCAAGGUCUCCUCCGCGAGUUCAACGCCACUGUCGUGGACGUGUGGCAGACGGGGGACGUACCACGGCAGUGGAAGGAUGCCACCAUCGAAGUGCUGUUCAAGAAGGGCAUCCCCCCGGAGGAGCAGAGCGGUUUCCGCCCAUACCGGUCGACGCUCGACAAGCUGUUCGCCAUGCAACGGCUCCAUAUGCUCGCGAGGAAGAAUAGUACUGGGGUGUUCGCGUGCUUCAUCGACCUCCCCAAGGCAUACGAUUCGAUGCUGGCGGUCAUUCGCCACUUCCACGAGGGCAUGAGGGCGCGCGUCCGAACGGACGACGGGCAGUACUCGGAAUGGUUCGACGUGGGCCAAGGCCUCCGACAGGAAUGCAACAUGGCCCCGCUGUUGUUCGACUUGUUCUUUGCCGCGAUGCUCAUGGUCGCCGUGGCCGAGUUCGACAAGGACCCCAAGGACCCCAAGGCGACGGCGGACAUGGUGAAGAUCGGGGCACAAGUGGAAUACACGGGCAAGAAGGGCAGGUCGGAGGGGAAAAGACGACGGUGGUGACGGACGCGGAGGCCCUGUGGGCCAUGCUCUACGCUGACGACGCGGCC